AGACGAAUCGUGACGCAGAAGCCAUGUCAAGCACAAACGGAGCUGAGUCUUCGUCAAAUGAAAACAAUGGGACACCAUUGAUACCGCCACGCACACCAAGUCCGAAAAAGCGAGGUGGUAUUCACACGUCGGUAAUCCAUGCACCGCACUUCCACUUCUUCUUGGCGCCGAUCGUCGUGGGGCUCUUCGUUGGCAUCUACAUCGUUUUCGUCCAUUUUGAUGUCAUUGACAUAUCGAGUUAUCCUUCUACGUGGGAUAUCGUGGCGAGAUGCAGUCUCGUGCUCUUCGGCGUGGCUCAUGGUCUGGUUCUUUGGCCUUUUCUCACAGAAACCCCCCGAUUGCGCUUUUUCCGCCUCAACGUCAUGGAAUGGCUGGCUUCCUCGACCACCAUGGACAUCUACAUAACGUCACUGCAGUACCUCACACUUACGACUGUACUGACGCCAACAGCAUUUCUUCUCCUUGAGUCGUACUGGCGCGUCAUUGCGUGGACCGAUUGCCAAUACUUCAUGCUGCUGGCGGUGUUCGACCUGACUGUCUCCAGUGUCCUGUGGCAUAUUUAUUCGUUGGCCCACCUGAAUCCCAGCCUGCGGCACCUGUGAUCGGCUGACAUUCAUCACCAUGCUAUUUAUUAGGCUCCUAUAUCAGUUUUAAAUAUGUGUAUGGAUGUUAGUUGGUACAAACACAAGUACCGACCCACGCAGUUUCCAAUAGAAUGGCAAUGGUACGAACCCA